GUGUUGACAUGGCUAUGGGCAGCCGAACCUUUCGGCAUAGUAAACACUUAUUUGUCCCAAUACAAGAAAUGUCAGCGCUAUUGGUGGGUGACAUUAUGGAAGUACAUCUUGAUCCAAAGUAAACACUCCGAUCUGGGCCCGUGACCCCUGACCUGUUCCCAGAGACCCCGCUGGUGCCCUCUCUGCCUGCAAUCUCUUCCUCUCGAGCCAUCCAGGGGCCUCACAAGCCUCGGAGGUGUAGCGGGGGUAGUACCAGUGCCCCCUGCCCCCGGCCCGGGCGCCGCAAGCCCGUCCCCAGCACAGGCACCAUGGAGGUGGGCAUGCGUGUGGUGCGUGGUCAUGACUGGAAGUGGGGUAACCAGGAUGAUGGCGAGGGACACGUGGGCACAGUGGUUGAGAUCGGUCGGCAGGGUAGCACCACCACACCAGACAAGACAGUGGUGGUUCAGUGGGACAGCGGAACCAGGACCAACUACAGGACGGGAUACCAGGGAGCCUUUGAUCUGCUGCUGUAUGACAAUGCUCAGAUAGGAGUUCGCCACUCCAACAUCAUCUGUGACAGUUGUAAGAAGCAUGGGAUUAUGGGAAUGAGGUGGAAGUGUAAAGUAUGCUUCGACUAUGACCUGUGCACGCAGUGUUACAUGAACAACAAACACGACCUGAGCCAUGCCUUCGAGCGUUACGAGACAGCACACUCCCAGCCAGUGAGUCUGGCCCCGAGACAGAAUCUCCCGCGGAUCAUCCUCAAAGGCAUCUUCCAGGGCGUCAAAGUGGUGCGCGGCCCGGAUUGGGACUGGGGUAACCAAGACGGUGGGGAGGGUAAGGUGGGGAAAGUAGUGGACAUUCGAGGCUGGGACACAGAAUCCGGGCGCAGUGUGGCCAGUGUUACCUGGUCCAAUGGUACCACCAAUGUCUACCGCAUGGGCCACAAGGGCAAGGUAGACCUCAAGUACGUGUCUGACGGCCAGGGAGGAUUCUACUACAAGGAGCACCUACCGAAACUGGGAGAGCACGCAGAGAUUCAGCGGCAAGAGAGUGCAGACGGACAUUCGUUCCAACAGGGGGACAAAGUCAAGUGUCUGCUGGAGGUGGAUAUUCUGAGGCAGAUGCAGGAGGGCCACGGAGGCUGGAACCCCAAGAUGGCUGAGUACAUCUGUCGGAUUGGGACAGUCCACAGAAUCACUGACCGAGGAGAUGUCCGAGUGCAGUACAGCAACAACAUCCGCUGGACCUUCCACCCGGGCGCGCUCACCAAGGUGAACACGUUUGGAGUGGGGGAGCUGGUCCGAGUGCUGGAGGACAUGGACAGUGUGAAGCGACUACAGGCCGGACAUGGAGAGUGGACAGAUAGCAUGGCUCCUGUCCUGGGCCAGGUGGGGAAGGUGCUGAAAGUGUAUGCAGACGGUGACCUUCGGGUGGCGUUUGGGGGUCAGACGUGGACGUUCAACCCAGCCUGUCUGUCAGCGCAGCCUAUGGAGGUGGACGCUAACCUCAUGACCGCAGAGAACCCCUCAGAAUCUGGAAGUACGGUGAUCUCAGUGCUAGAGAAGCUGCUGGCCCAGUCCACAGAGCAGGACAACCCCAGCCGGCUGGUGAUCGAGGCGGCCCAUGGCAGUGCCAGCAAAGUGCGCGAGCUAUUGCAGAAGUAUCCUGAGAAGGUGGACAUAAAGAACCAGGGGAAGACAGCCCUCCAGGUGGCCUCUCAUCAGGGACACAUGGAGGUGGUGAAGGCUCUGCUGCAGGCCAACAGCUCCAUUGAGAUCAAGGAUGAGGACGGAGACACAGCUCUGCACUACACGGCUUUUGGAAACCAGGCAGAGGUGGCACGGGUUCUCCUGAGUAAAGGGGCCAAUGUCAACAUGCUAAAUAACUCCAUGUGCACUGCUCUGCACAUCGCUGUCAACAAGGGCUUCAGUGACGUGGUGCGAGUUCUGACCGAGCACUCAGCUGAUGUCAAUCUGCAGGAUUCAUAUGGAGACACGCCGCUCCACGAUGCCAUUGCAAAAGACUUCCGGAACAUCAUCGAGGUCCUGGUGGUGGUACCCAGUAUAGAUUUCACCCAGCAGAACCACCGAGGCUUCAAUCUGCUGCACCACGCUGCGCUCAAGGGCAACAAGUUGGCCACAGAGAAGAUCCUGGCACGGGCAAGGCAGCUGGUGGAUGUGAAGAAGGAGGAUGGCUUCUCAGCGCUCCACCUGGCAGCUCUAAACAACCACAGAGAGGUCGCAGAGAUUCUCAUCAAGGAGGGCCGCUGCGACAUGAACAUCCGGAACAACCGAAACCAAACGCCUCUGCAGCAGGCGGUGACGCAGGGCCACACGGAGCUAGUGGAGCUGCUGGUGUCGGAGGGAGCAGACGUGAACAUGGAGGACGAGGAUGGGGACACGGCAAUGCACACCGCCCUUCAGCGCCCACAGCUCGGGUCCACCAUCAUCAACCCCACCGAGGGAGGAGACAGCUGUAACCCUAACCCUAACUCACUCUACACAAAGCUGAGUGCGUCUGGGCUGUUGGGGAACACUGAGCUGAGUGUAGGAGCAGCCAUCGCCUGUUACCUGGCCCAGGAGGGAGCAGACGUCAGCUAUGCCAACCACAAAGGCAAGAGCCCUUUGGACCUGGUGACAGACAGCACUGUGCUGCAACUCAUCAAGAGCUUCUCUGAGAAGCACAGGUUACAGCGUCUGUCGGCCCUCACAUGUGGCCAGGGCCUUAGCAGUGCCAGUCUGAGGAGAGUGCACACCACCCCAAACACCAUGACCAACCUUGUGCUGCCCACGCCCCCUGGCCCCAGCGAGUGUCUCAUCUGCUCUGAGCUGGCUCUGCUGGUGCUCUUCUGCCCCUGUCAGCACAGUGUGGCCUGUGAAGAGUGCGCCCAUAGAAUGAAGAAGUGCAUCAAAUGUCAAGUCACAAUCACAAAGAAAAUCAGACAAGACCAAACAGAGGUGGACUGCAGUCCUGGGACAGAGCACUCGGACCAGCACAAUCUUCUGGAGCAGUUACAGUCCCGCUACAGACAGAUGGAGGAGCGCAUCACCUGCCCCAUCUGCAUCGACAACCACAUCAAACUGGUGUUCCAGUGCGGACACGCCUCCUGCAUAGAGUGCAGCGCGGCACUCAAGACCUGUCCCAUCUGCCGACAGACCAUCCGAGAGCGCAUCCAACUCUUUGUCUGAGACUAUGAAUUGAUCAGUGCAGAACUAAUCUGUUACAUUUGAAACAGGAGUGGCAGACAGCAAAAAGAGAACAUGUUACCUUUUUGUAUUUUUGAUGGGUUUAAAUACAGAAAAAAGUGCCCAGAACCAAAAGCAGAUUUCUUUAAUUCAUUUUUACACAGAGAUUUUGGUAUGAACUGAAUUGUCAGCGUAGCACAAAAGGUGAUACAGAGGCUAAAUGGUAUCUAUGAAUAAAUACAAUGUCUAUUUAGCUUUUCAACCUGCAGUCAGGUGGAAACCAUCUUACCUCUGCCACAACAUCCUCUUGAGCAAAGUUGAUACAAGCCUCACUUUCUGGCAAUAGAAGUGCCAGGUCUUAACCUCUGUGUAAAAGUGGAUGCAGACUCCCACCCGAGCGCCGCCGCUUGUCUGUCCUAUCUUUGCUGCUUUCUUUCUGUUACCCAUGAUCCUCUGUGGCUGCGUGGCCUCUGUUUACACAGCCCGUCUUGUGAAUUGUUUGUAUCCCAUAGUAAUAAUCAGUGUUAGUCUCUGCAGAGGGUCCUAUAGCUGCAGCUCUCUAUAUAGUCAGCACUGGCCUGAAUGCAAGGGCAGUUUAUAUACGGUGUAUGCAUGGACAGAUGCAUAUUGUUAAGCUGAAAUGACAGUGUCGUGUUUAUUUCUCUGGUUACAUUUGUGCUUAUAAUGUAUCCAAUCGUACAGAUAUUUAUUUAUGUGUGAAAGGUGGUAAUUAGAAAAAUUUUAGUUGGUGUUUGCUCGUUUCUACUGAAAACAAGUCUAAGUCCUCUACUCUCAGGGUAUCCAUCCAAGCACUUGUGAUAUCCAUAAAAGGUCAAUGACCUCCCACUAUUAUAAAUACCAGCUCCUCGCUCUGACACAGCUGAACAGCUGAAGGGGCCAGUGGAACCAUGUGAGAGGAGCACUGGCAGAGGACUACAUUUCCCAGAAGGCAUUCUGCUAAUGUUUCAUGUCAGAGUGACCCUUCUCUCUGGAUAUCUGGAUUGUACAUCUUCAUCUUCCGUUUUAGUGUAUAGUUUUCUAAAAGGGCUUAUGCAUAUAAUAAUCAAUCUUGAAUCCUUAUUUAAUUAAUUUUAUAAGAUAAACUUCUGAAGACAGGAGAUUUUUGUUGUUUGAUCCCAUGUUUGGGAGCUGUACAUUUGAAUGUCGGGUUGCACCUGUCUCUGCCUUUUGGACAUUGACCGAGACAAAGGGGGACACUUGUUUACUAAAGGAAAGUACUUUCAUCAGUGCCAAACGCAUGAGGAUGUGCAUGGGCAUGCACGCCCCAACUUCAACUAUGUAGUCACUCUGCUCAUCCUGAACCCAGGGCCUGUCCAGUAGUAUCUAGUCCUAAUGUAGACCCUGCAGUCAACACUUUGCCCGCUGUGUGCUAAUGCAGUUAGCAUUGCUCCUGUGCACUAGGAGCUAUAAUGAGAAUCUUAAUUCCAGCCAUUCUUACCUGGUUAGGAGAUGUAUUCUUGUUUUAUAAUCUAGGAUAUAUUUCAGAGUCAGAUGGGUGAGUCCCUGGGUUUACUCGCAAAGGCAAUAAUGUUUAUCAAUGGAGAGGUUUGAGGUCUUCUCCACCUGUAGAGGUCACAGUUGGACAGAGAACUGUUCUGUAUAAAAUGUUACUCUGUGUUUGUACAGUUCUGAUGUUGGCCUUACUGUCCAUUCCUCUUCGUUUCAUGGUUUUUCAGUUCUAAUCUGUACAAAAAUAUUUUGCAAUAAAUAUGAACCUGUUUUAUAAA